AUGUUACAGCAGCACUGACAAAUCAACCCAAGCACAAACAUGGCAGUUCCUGAACGUGACAUAGAUUUUAUUGCGACAUACUCGGCAGGAUGGCGAAAACCACGUUCCAAACCGUCUUCUCGAUACCACAGUAGCUCCGAGUAUCCCCCGUCGCUUACGUCAUCAGCGGGGACGACGCGGAAGAAACGACACGUUCUCGAAUUCAAGGCGUCGUCCGAGCUCGAUCAAAGCGAAGUGAAACUAACUGGUGUCACGGUGUCCCCAAAUGGUGACAUUGCUGUCGUGGACAGCGGGAAUAAAACCGUGAAACUGUUUACAGAAAAGGGCAAGUAUAAAAGGGAGUUCGGACAGGACGUGCAAUUCGAAGAAAAACCCCUGGGCCUCCAUCAGAGCGCAAACGGCGUGGGAAGUGACGACGAUCCAGACAAUGUCUUUGACUCUGAGGUAGAUAGUGACCGAGGCUUCUCUAACACAAUCGGUGGCUCAUCCAACACAAUCAGGUGCAAGGUGCCUGGUUCUCUGCUCCGGGGGCCGUGGGAUAUUGCCACACUGCAGGACGGUGAUUUUGCUGUCACAGACAUUAAAGAAUCGUGCCUGAAAAUUUUCACUCCUGAGGGGCAUUUUGUACGGCGGUUAGGCCAAGGUAACCUUGCCUAUCCACGAGGUGUAGCAAUGGACAAACGCGGAUGUUUCGUCGUCACCGACUGUCCGCCCACCAGGGGUCAGCAGCGCAUACGCGUGUUCACCCCUGAUGGGCAAUGCGUCAAGGUAUUACCGGCUCGUAAAGGCAUGACCCUACCAUUCGCUCGUCCAAUGUAUCUGACAACGGAAUCCCACAACGCCAGGACCAUCGUCUCUGAUAUGUGGUCCAACACAAUCCAAGUGCUGAACUCGACGGGACACGAGGCGUUCAGAUACGGGGGGUUUGGCAACGGAGAGGAACAGUUGAUGGCUCCGCACGGAAUCUGUAGUGACGGGCUUGGGCGAAUCUUCAUCGCCGAUCAUCUGAAUCAUAGGAUCUGCAUGGUGAAGUUAGACGAACAAGAGGGAACUUUCUUGAACUACCUGGCCACCAAAUCUGACGGUCUUCGCCUGCCGACAGCUUUAGCGUUUUCACCAACUACAGGGCAUCUCGUUGUAACUGAACUAGAAGGAAUGGUUAAAAUAUUUUAGAGAGAAUAGAAAAAGAAAAACAAAUUAAAAGUGAAUCAAUUGAAUUUGAUGGGAUAGAACUAUUUGGAGCACUUUGAAUUCUGUCAAAUAUCAGCGAAAAAGUAAAUAAAAGGAACCCAGCAUAUACUGUAUUUACAAAUUUUCACACACACAGACCCGAAUACAUGUAGUAAAAAAACUGAAAAAGGACGCUUAUUUAUAAUGAUAAUUAAUAUUAAAUUGUUAUAUGUUAUUCUUCAUCAUCAUUGUCAUAGCAAUUUAGAUAAAGUGUUUUGGUAGGCCUAUUACUUUAAUUUUUUAUAGAGUUAAAUCCAGUCCAUUGAAAGAUAAUAAAGGGAAGAUC